AUGGAAGGUGGUAUGUUUAACUAUGACAAUCUGAUAUGGACUAUAUCGUUUCCUCUCUUUUGCUCGAUCGCCCUGUGGUUUUCAAUGGACUUGGCACUGCUUGUACGAUCAGAAGGAGGACGGUGCAGGCGGGAGGCGAUAAGGGAAUCCAUCGCGGCAAUGGAGCGGCGCGGUGAGCCUGUGCUUGCUGGACUGCGCCGAAACAGCAAAGCUGUCCUGCGCCGCGCACUUGUCGUGGUGGGCGGUGACUUCGCCAGGUCGCCGCGGAUGCAAUACCACGCGGCAAGUCUUGCUGCAUGUGGCAUGUUUGAUGAAGUGGUACUUGUAGGGUUUGACAUGGGCAACACCCUAAUAGACGCGUUAAAAACGACCACUACGGCAGGCCACAAGAAUAAUAACAAUAGCAGUGGUAAUGGGUCAGAGGUAACCUGUGUUAUAAAGACGGAAUAUUUGAUUUCGCCAAUUCUUCCACCUUCGUGGUUUAGUUGGGUCUUUCCGCACCCUCGUCUGUAUUGGAUUGCCUCUGCCGUGUACCGCGUGUGCGUUAGUGCAGUGGCGUUUGCCUGGGUCCUCAUAUGUGCGUCGACGAUGGUGGUGAAUGGUCGUGGACAACUGCUGCUUGUGGAUCUCAUUUUAGUUCAGUCGCCACCAGCAGUGCCCUUUGUUCCUGUCAUAAAGUAUCUUGUCCGUCCGUAUGUGUUUAUUGCUAACACAGUGCAUUAUUACUUCUUUAUUGUACCUGCCUCGUGGAUGUCGCACGAUGCAAUGAGCGAAAUUCGCGGGGGGCUGAAACUGCAGCAGCAGCAGAAAGGAAACACAAGUGAAAACGCCGUCAAGGCCUCCUUGAGGUCGGUGAUGUGUCCCGCUAUUGUGGUGGACUGGCACAACUUCGGUUACACCAUCAUGCAGAGCGACGGUCGACCCUCCUUAAUGGUCUGGUUGUACCGACUUAUCGAGUGCAAUCUUUGUCGUGGCAACCGUAACUUAACAGUGAGCAAAGCAAUGCGGACAAUCCUUCUUUCGCCAAACAUGAAGGUAUCUGGAACGACAGGGGAGAGUGGCUCAAAAAUUGCUGCAGAUGUGGCGGUGUUGUACGAUACUGCACCGUCUUUCUUUGGCCCGGUGUCACGUACCCGCUUUGCUGCGGAGGUCCUUAUGCCCGCAUUGAGACUGACACGCGCCGGCCGCGAAGAGAAGAUUGGCCUGUCGCCGCCACCAGCAUGGUUUCUGCACGAUGUGGAGCGUGAAGAGGCGGCUGUAAAGAGCAACCGCAGCGGACUGUUUAUGAUUGCUGCCACCAGCUGGACGGUGGACGAUGACUACAGCAUUGUGGUGGACGCGCUUAAACGCAUUGAUACUCGCCUGCAGCAGGAGCGGAAAAAAGAGAAAAAUGGAUUACAUUCAUUGAAACCCCUGUGGCUGCUCGUGACAGGAAAGGGUGCUUCACGGGCACGCUUUGAGCAGUCCGUUGCUGCGGCCCACCUCUCGUCCCUCGUGACUGUGACAACGAUAUAUUUCCAGUCGUACACGCACUACGCAAUGGCACUGGGAGCGGCGGAUGUGGGCCUGUGCUUGCACCACUCCUCCAGUGGUCUCGACCUGCCUAUGAAGGCGGUGGACAUGCUGGGCUCUGGUCUCCCUGUUGCUGCGCUGCGCUACGACGCCCUCGCAGAGUUGUUGGACAGCAAGCGAGGUUGGAUGUUCAGUAAUGCAGAAGAGUUGGAAGAAAUUUUCUGUCAGAACCUACUCCCUCGCUUCGAACAAGGUGACGCCGCGGAUUCACUGGGUGAAGCCCGUUUCCAUGUGUUGCAGAGUCGGUGUGAGACAUGGGACGAUAAGUGGCGAUCCGUGGUGUUGCCUCUCUUGCUGGAACUGCUUUAG